GGACGAGAUACUCCUAACCUCAAAAUAGUUGUUGUAUAAACGUCAAAAUAAAACACUUUUUAUAACUUUCUUUGCAAUUAUGAGUGGUAAUUGCAAUUUAAAUAUGACAAACAUCAAUCCAAAAGAUAUUCAAGAUUUAUUAAAUUAUUUUUCAAAGAAUACAUACCAUGCCAAAGAAGAUAACAGCAAAAGUAAAGAAGCUUUGGAGAGGAGUAUUGAACUUAUGAGGAAAGAUUAUAACUUGUUUUUAAUUAAUAAUACCUACGGAGAACUAAGUAGUAACUAUCCAAGCAGUUUGAUUAUAUUGGAGUAUGAGCGUGAACACAAUCAGAACAAUAUUGUUAACAUGGGUUUACAGAUGUCCCAGCGUACCACUAAUACCAUAUAUGAAAGUAUUUACGAUAUUCCAAAGCUUAAAGAUUUGAUUAAUAAGGCAAGAUUUGCUAGAUGUCGAGCUCGUUUUCCUCUACCUGUUAUCUUAUACAAAGGAAAAUAUAUUUGUCGUUCAGCAACGUUAUCGGGAGGACCAGAAAUUUAUGGUAGAUCAGGCCUUGAUUACUUAUUUUGUGGAUCAGAUUCUUGUGAUAAUACAGAUUCCAGUUCUGAAAAUAAUGAGAGCAGUAGUUCGGCACCUAAUGUCACUCAGAAUCAGUUUGACUGGCAAUUAUUUAACAAGGUGAGGUGUCAGGAUAUUAAACUGUUAAAGACCUUUAAUGUCGGGACCAUAAUAGAUUUCAUGGUAGAAAAGAAAAAGGUCAAAUUUGGACUGAAUGUAACUUCAUCUGAAAAAGUGGACAAAGAGAAUAGAUAUUCAGAAUUUACUAUUAUAUCUCUUCCUUAUCCAGGAUGCGAAUUUUUUCGGGAAUAUAGAGAUAAUGAUUAUACGGCAGAAGGAUUAGUAUUUAACUGGGAUCAAACUUACGUUGAUGCUAAUAUUGGAGUUCCAGAUGAUCCAAUAUUAGCUCAAUUAAAAAUCAAUUGGGAAAAAUAUAAAUUGUGGGAUCUUGAACAAAUUACACAGAAUUAUAUGAAGUUAAUACUAAAAUAUUUACAAGACAGUAAUUCAGGAAUUUUAAUACAUUGCAUUAGUGGUUGGGACCGAACUCCUUUAUUUAUUUCCAUGCUUCGUAUUAGUUUAUGGGCUGAUGGUGUUGCCCAUCAAAGUUUAGAUGUUCAUCAAAUUGUGUACCUUACAAUUGCUUACGAUUGGAUGCUUUUUGGUCAUAAUUUGGCUGAUAGGAUUAGUAAAGGAGAAGAGAUAUUCUUAUUUUGUUUCUAUAUGUUGAAACAUCUUUCAGAUGAUGAAUUCAGUAUUGCCACUUCGUUGAGUCGUCACAAGAGAAAAGCAGAUAGUGCAAUGUCUGAUAGAUCUGUUCUGAGAGCUGACAGUGACACUCAGUUGGAUGGUAUGCUUUUAGAUCAAGAGUCUCGAGGUUCCAACAUUAGUUUAAAUUCUGUUUGUUCAUCUGUUAGUAGCAAGUCCCAGGACCAGCCAUUAGUUUGGUUUAAUUUACCUGAUGAGUCCACAAAUGGUAGCAAUGCGUCAUUUCCUCCUGAAAUGGGGACAUCAAUAAUGUGGUCGCCCAAUCCACAAAAAACUUCACCGGUAACAGUGCCAGCACCAACGGUUCCGUGUCUUCGUCAAAGACAGGAGUCCUCCUCAUCUCUUAGUAUUGGUAGUUGGCAGAUGAUAAGUGGUACCGGAAGUCUUAGGGGUUCCGACUCGAACGAAUCAGGGGGUGGUAGUGCUCAUUUUAACAGAAGUGACGCAUCGUUAUUACAAGACUCCAGUUGUACUAUCAUCGAUGAAGAUUCUGGUACUUUAAGUGCAAAUGAAAUACAUUCAAUGCGCAAAGAAAGACUUUUAAAAGUUAGGGCAAUAUUCUAUCAUUGCUAUUGUUCUACAAUAGGGUUUAAGUUUAAGAAUGGAGAUUCGUCAUUGAGCAGUCUUCUGGGUAAUAUUGUUGAAAAGGUCGGAUUAACACAAAGAUUAUGAAUGUAAAUUGUUACUAAUUAUUAGGGCUUGGACCCUAACGUUUUUGACAAUUUUCAGUUAUGUUAACUGGAAAACGUUGUUUGUUAAUUAUUUUGAAGAUUAUUUUCUUACUUACUGUUACUAUUUUGAUAACGUUCAAGGACGUUCAGAUUUCAAUGCCGACUUCGUAAUCGUUAUUUUCUAUGAAAAUAGAUUGUAAUUUAAACUAUUAAGUCCAAGGACUUGUGCCCACAGUGUCGAAAUGAUUACUUAAUUAAGCUUAGUAUAUUUUUUAAAUUCGCUGUGCAAAGGUUCAGUUUCCAACUAAACUUGUUGCCAGAUUUGUAUGUGUUCACAGCAGUUUGUUAACUAAACCUAAGGCGAUUAAUACACUUGUUAUAAAGCACUUGUAUCUUUUCUAAACUUAUAAGCAAUUGAGUAGAUAAUCAAAGUUUAUGAACUGUUUUAAAUCGGUAAGGAUAAGAAAAGAAUGUAAGUCGAUAAUGGUGAAGAAGCUUUAGCACAAAAAAUACCUUUUUUUCAAAGUGCCUUUAAAUGUUAAUUAAACGAAUAUGCUGUAAUAUUUUGUUGUUGAA